CCGAGCCCGCGCGGGGCUGAGGUUCCGGGCUCCCGGCGCCUCCCGAUCGCCGACCGCCGCGCCGCGCCGCGCCGCGCCGCUUCGCUUCGCUUCGCCCCGGAGGAGGCGGCCGGGCCGGCCGUGCGGCUUGUGGAUUCUUAAAAAAAAAUUGGCUCCGAGGAGGACCAUUUCCUCUCGACAUGCAUCCCUCCGGAUAGACUGAACAUCCCUCGACCCACCCCCCGCCCCGCGCGGGCAGAGGCAGGCGCUGGGUGUGCGAAGAGGAUCCGGGUUGAAAUCUGCGCCCCCGGUUCUCGUCCCCGCCCCGUCCCACGCCCCCCUCCCCCUCCCGGAGUCGAAAUUUCCCGGGGAUUAUGUCUCGGAAAGGUAGGUGAGCGCCGGGCGCGGCGCCCGCGUCCCCGCAGCCCCGAGCCGGAGAGCCAGCGAGGCGGCGCCACUCGGUCCCCUCCGGGAGGCGCUGCGGGGGGCGGGGGGGAGGCUCGCUCCGCACGCGGCGUCCCCCGGCCCUCCCCCCGGCCCUGCUUUCCGUUAGGAGCCCGGCGAGGAAAUACAUGCUCCCGCCGAGGACCGCCCGCGCCCGGGCGCAGCGCUCCCAGGUGUAGGGAGAGAGCGGGGUGGGGCGCAGGGGACCCUCCGAGCGCCGGGGCGUCGGCUCCUCACUCCUGCCCUCGGGGCGGACGGAGGGACCCCGGCCCCCGCUGCCCGCCCCGACCAUGGUAGUGUUCAAUGGCCUCCUCAAGAUCAAAAUCUGCGAGGCCGUGAGCUUGAAGCCCACAGCCUGGUCGCUGCGCCAUGCGGUGGGACCCCGGCCGCAGACUUUCCUUCUCGACCCCUACAUCGCCCUCAACGUGGACGACUCGCGCAUCGGCCAGACGGCCACCAAGCAGAAGACCAACAGCCCGGCCUGGCACGACGAGUUCGUCACCGAUGUGUGCAACGGGCGCAAGAUCGAGCUGGCCGUCUUCCACGACGCCCCCAUCGGCUACGACGACUUCGUGGCCAACUGCACCAUCCAGUUCGAGGAGCUGCUGCAGAACGGGAGCCGGCACUUCGAGGACUGGAUUGAUCUGGAGCCAGAAGGAAGAGUGUAUGUGAUCAUUGAUCUGUCGGGGUCAUCAGGUGAAGCCCCUAAAGACAAUGAAGAGCGCGUGUUCAGGGAGCGCAUGCGGCCCAGGAAGCGGCAGGGGGCCGUCAGGCGGAGGGUCCACCAGGUCAACGGCCACAAGUUCAUGGCCACCUACCUUCGGCAGCCCACCUACUGCUCCCACUGCAGAGACUUUAUCUGGGGUGUCAUAGGAAAGCAGGGAUACCAAUGUCAAGUUUGCACUUGUGUGGUUCACAAGCGAUGCCAUGAGCUCAUAAUUACGAAGUGUGCUGGAUUAAAGAAACAGGAAACUCCCGAUGAGGUGGGCUCCCAGCGGUUCAGCGUCAACAUGCCUCACAAGUUUGGUAUUCACAACUACAAGGUCCCCACCUUCUGCGACCACUGUGGGUCCUUGCUCUGGGGCCUCCUACGGCAGGGUUUGCAGUGCAAAGUCUGCAAGAUGAAUGUUCACCGGCGCUGUGAGACCAACGUGGCCCCCAACUGUGGAGUGGACGCCAGAGGCAUUGCCAAGGUUUUGGCUGAUCUAGGCGUCACUCCAGACAAAAUCACCAACAGUGGCCAGAGGAGGAAAAAGCUCAUUGCCGGCGCUGAGUCCCCGCAGCCCACUUCUGGAAGCUCGCCAUCUGAGGAAGAUCGAUCCAAGUCAGCCCCCACCUCCCCUUGUGACCAGGAAAUAAAAGAACUUGAAAACAACAUCCGGAAGGCCUUGUCCUUUGACAACCGAGGGGAGGAACACAGGGCAGCAGCAUGCGGCGAUGGCCAGCUGGCGAGCCCCGGCGAGAAUGGCGAAGUGCGGCAGGGUCAGGCCAAGCGCCUGGGUCUGGAUGAGUUCACCUUCAUCAAGGUGCUGGGCAAAGGCAGCUUUGGCAAGGUGAUGUUGGCGGAGCUGAAAGGCAAAGAUGAAGUGUAUGCUGUGAAGGUCUUAAAGAAGGAUGUCAUCCUCCAGGAUGAUGACGUAGACUGCACGAUGACAGAGAAGAGGAUUUUGGCGCUGGCGCGGAAACACCCAUACCUAACCCAACUCUAUUGCUGCUUUCAGACCAAGGACCGCCUCUUUUUCGUCAUGGAGUAUGUAAACGGUGGAGACCUCAUGUUCCAGAUUCAGCGUUCCCGAAAAUUCGAUGAGCCUCGUUCCCGGUUCUAUGCUGCAGAGGUUACGUCAGCCCUCAUGUUCCUCCACCAACAUGGAGUCAUCUACAGGGAUUUGAAACUGGACAACAUCCUUCUGGAUGCAGAAGGUCACUGCAAGCUGGCCGACUUCGGGAUGUGCAAGGAAGGGAUUCUGAACGGUGUCACAACCACCACCUUCUGUGGAACUCCUGACUACAUCGCACCUGAGAUCCUGCAGGAGUUGGAGUACGGCCCGUCGGUGGACUGGUGGGCCCUGGGGGUGCUGAUGUACGAGAUGAUGGCCGGGCAGCCGCCCUUCGAGGCCGACAAUGAGGACGACCUGUUCGAGUCCAUCCUCCACGAUGACGUGCUCUACCCCGUGUGGCUCAGCAAGGAGGCCGUCAGCAUCCUGAAAGCUUUCAUGACCAAGAACCCCCACAAGCGCCUGGGCUGUGUGGCAGCACAGAACGGCGAGGAUGCCAUCAAGCAGCACCCAUUCUUCAAGGAGAUCGACUGGGUGCUCCUGGAGCAGAAGAAGAUCAAGCCGCCCUUCAAACCUCGAAUUAAAACCAAAAGAGACGUCAAUAACUUUGACCAAGACUUUACCCGGGAAGAGCCAGUACUCACGCUUGUGGAUGAAGCAAUUGUGAAGCAGAUCAACCAGGAGGAAUUCAAAGGCUUCUCCUACUUCGGUGAAGACCUGAUGCCCUAAGAAGCUGCUCCAGGUGGACUUUGGUGAUGCUGCAGGAAGGGGUGCCGAGGAGAGUCCUAUUUCUGGAGGCUCAGAAGGCCUUGAACUGCUUCUCCUGUUCUCCAGAGCCCAAGUCCCUCGUCUGCCCUCUAUUUAUUGCGUUCCCUUACCCCAGGCUGGCUCCUCCCUCUUCUACCCGGGGACCAGAGGAACUCUUGGUUCUUAUCUCACCGGUAGUGCAGAAGUGUGCAGGGUCGGUAGCCAGCUGGACACACCGCGUGCUUGGUCCAUCGGCAAGCCUGUCUCCAUUCCUCGGGGGCCCCCAGCAGUGACACAACUUCAGUUCUUUUACUUCAAAGAGCAACCCACAUGAAAAAAAAGCAAAUAAGAAGACCCUGGCUCUGCAAUUGGAUCGAGGGUCCCGACAACUCUCACUUCUUCGUCCUUCCUUCCCCCGCCUGCCACCCUCUGCCCUUCUGUCCGGGAGAGACGGGUGCUUCUCCAGCUUGGGGGGUGGGUGCCGUCGGGACCUGCUGUGAAGGAGACAGGCCUCGAGGUGCACAGGUUGGCUACCUUGGAAUGGCUCGUUCUUGCUUGCUCUGGUUUUAGCUUUGGGCCAUGCCAAAGUUGUGAGAGCACGGAUCUCAUGGAAGAAACCACUCUUUAUAGAAAAAGAAAUUUGCUUUUGAACUCGAUUAACAUUUGAAAAAUCUAUUCGUGAAUUGGCUUUCUGAUUGGCCAAAAGAUAUAAAUUCCAAUAUUAAUGCAGGUAGAUAUUAAAGGGCUAAUAUACAAUGAGAAACCAACUGUCCAAGGUUCAUGCUAUUAAUGCUUUCAUGGCACUUGGGGGCCGGAAGAAUUGAGAGAGAAGGAAACUAGUAGUGUUCCUCAUUCUUCAAGUUCUGCCUAAACACAGAGGCCACCCCAGCGAUGGCCCAGACCCUGAAGUUCUAGUGAAACUCACUCCCAAAUUCUCCUUCCAGUUUCAUUCUAUGCUCCCAGCAGAUGCUCUAUUUAUUUCCCGCAACGGUGUGUUCUUUUUGCGCACUUCUACGAAAAUGGUAGUACUACUGUGUCGUGGUUUUUAGACAUUACACGUGUAAAGUGAAAUAUGAAAUAUCUGCUUUUGAGACAAGCAGAAUGAGGCUAAACGUGGGUUAUGUGGAGGGUGUCCAGAGACAGAAGAGCAACUUGUCUGAAAACUGACAAUGUGGCCCGAUGUACUUGGAGUCGUGUUUCUGUGCGACCAGCGGUGGCAACUCAUGUGGACACUAUUUAAUGGAUGUGAUGUUACCUCCUGUAGAUAUGCUAACAGUGUUACAUUCUUUGAUUUCCAAGGGUUCUCUGUGGCUUUGUGUAUAUGUUUCCCAGAGGUCAUUUGAUUAUCUAUUUUACUGAACUGAUUUAGCAGGGAAUGGAAUCCAUUCCAACUGUUGCACGUGGAUUUCCCAGCUGCCCCUAAAUAUAUAUACUUGUGAGUGGCAAAGUGGCACUAAUGAAGCUUUUUGCCCUUUGUACAUUUGAGAUUUUUUGUAUAUAGUGUUUGCUGCAAGGCCUGUGGAAUUAAUUCAUUGAAUUUAGAGGUAUCAACUGCUGCAUGUUCAGGCAUAUUAUAAAACUUUAGUCUAUGAAAGAAUAAUUAUAAUAAUGUCCAGGUGCAAUACUCUGUAAGCGUAUUGGUUCAAGUUACCGAGAGAUAAGGUGUGUUUCUUUCUUUCUGGAGGGUGGGGAGGAGUCCUUUGUGUUGUUUAUUUCAUUUUGGGUUAUUUCAAAAGAUGUAAACAUAUAUUAAGCUAAUUAAAUCUCACAUCUGGUUCUCCUGUGCUCUAUUAUGCCCUGAUAGAGAUGGGGAAGAGAAAGGAAUGUUUCUGAUGGUGGUUUCAAAGCUUGGACGGUGACUGGCUCGAGCCCAUAGAAAGCUGGUGUCCAUAUUUGCAUCUGGCUGGUCAUAGCCUUUGUUACUAACGAUGACAUUCAGUUCUCUUUUGUUUUUAAUUUUUUAAAAACUCAGGUGUAAUUAUUAUCUGUUCCUAUGAUAAUUUCAAAUAUUAUAUCAAUCUGUGUGUUUGGCGUACCAGUGAAGUGAUGAAGAACAGUAGAUUAACUUAAUUUAUCUUCGGUAACUUGACAUACUGGGGAGAGACUAUCUUCUGGAGUUGAGUACAAGCACAGAAACAUCUUCAUGGUGGCAUCAUCUCAUUUUUUAAGAAGACAUGACAAUACUGCCCGUCAUACUCAUGCAUCACUACUGCUCUGUUUUUCCUCUCCUUCCUUCACCAUGAGGAACUUGGAACAACCAAGCUCUAACUGCAACGCCAAGUGGCCUGCAUCAAGGCCUCGGGGGUGUUCCCUUGUCAGCAGCACUUGGGCCCUUCCUACAGGACAACUGGCAUUUUUGCUGGAAAGUCAAACAAUACAUUCCACCCGGCAGCUCCAGGUGUUCACUCGCGGGGUGCCUGGCCCGGAGAUGCCCCCUUUCGGCACCAAAGCUGGGCUGGCUGGGACACCUCCUGCUCGGGGCCAGAGCUGAUCAAGUUCUCACACGGGCAGGUUCAAAUCCCAUGUCGUCUAUAGAAAAAAGCUUGUGUGUUCCUUGAGUAUUCAUUGUUUCCUUUCAGUUUUCACAAGGGUUAGGAAGCGGACGCACUGUUACAUUUCUUUCUAAUCUAUCCAGCUCUUGAGUGCAAAAAAAAAAAAAUGCCAAAAAAAUAUAUGAAGGAUAGCUGUUCUCCUGUGUUCUCUCAUUAUGGACUUUGUGAAGUGGAAACAUCAUUUUUUUCCUCCAAAGGUGAAAAAAAAAAUGCAUUCUUGCUUUAAAAAAAAAAAAGGCUAAAAAAUUACCUCUUUUUAAAUUAUGUGCAAAAUAAUUCUGGCUAAAUAUAAAAUGUAUUCAAUCUUAGGGUUUUUUUUUGUAUUGUGAUGCUUUAUUUGUACAUUUUUUUUCCUUUCUGGAUGUAAUUUUAAUCUCUUGCCAUUCAUUAGUGUUAUUUCAUUGUAAACAUUAUUGUGCCAAAUGUACUGUAUUCAAAAGGAUGUGAAUGUGUAUUGUUUCAGAACCUAAUAAAUACAAUGGCGUUAAAUCUUA